AUGGAGGCUAAGAGAUAUGCCAUCUCGCGCAAAAAGGCCUGCCAGCACUGUUCGAGUGUCAAAGCAAAAUGCGAUCUCAAGGACGGCGGCUGCUCCAGGUGCGCUCGAAGAAGACUGCUCUGCAUUUAUCCAAGGGCAUCAACAUCUAGACGCGCAACCCUUGGGGUGGGGUAUAGCAGUCAAGCAGAGCUAGAUGGCUCUUUUGCCUCCGAGGCCCUAUUCUCGUAUUCUGAGCGCGAACCAGAUUAUAGUACUCAGAAUCCAAUUGUGGGUUCCAUGAAUGACAGCAGACUGAGUAGCACUUCUUUACCGGUGUUCAGUGAAGGCCAUGCAGCUAGAAAUCCGACGCUUGAACCAACAAGCCAAACACAGACGACUCUUGAUUUUUCGGCAUUGGAGCUCAUCUGCCCCAUUAACGUGGAUGAUAUCAGCAACCGCUGGUUAAACAGCUAUGUUCCGCUUCCUGAACAAAAGCGCAAAGAUUAUCCUGCCACUAUCACCGCCUUCAUGCUUAGAAUACUCAAGUCAUACGCAGCUGUCACUGUACAAGGUCGCGGCCUGCCCCCUUUUGUGCAUUUUUCCCAGGUUACGCUGGCAUCAGCCACUAGCCUACCACUCUCGGCCUGCCUUGGUCUAGUUCGUAUUUGCGAAAAACCACUUCCCGGUAGCGAAGACGUCGCCGCAGGCGUGUUGCAGAGAGAGAUGAGUAACAUCUACGACCAGCGUGAAACAUAUGAUGACAUGGCGCUGCUGGCGGCAUUUCAGGCUUACCUGAUAUACUGCAUGGUGUUAUUUUUCACUCUCAAUCGGGGCUCUGAUCCGUUCCUCCGACAGGCGAUAAUGAAUCUGCAAGAACUAGCAUGCUCAAGUAGUCAUCGAGGACUCGUGUGCACGGCGGAAGAGCAACAUGCGCGUCCUAGAUGGGAAGCGUGGAUUGUCGCCGAGGCAAAAAGACGCACGUUGUACGCAAUGUAUCUGUUCGAUAGCAUACUGUCGGCUCAAGACGGUCUUCCCACUUUCCUGGGUACGGAGCUAUACGGACUACCUGCGCCAACAAGUAAAUACCUGUGGAGAGCGCAAACGCGAAGGGAGUGGGAAAGGGCAUAUAACGUUUAUCUGGCGGAUUGGGUGAAUGGCGGGCUGUAUAUACAUGAACUUUGGCCUAUACCUGCGGAUUUGGAUGAAUCUGGUAUUCUCGAGAGACGCAAUAGAGUGGAUCAGUGGUUGGGGCAUGUUGAUGAAUUUGGGACAAUGAUGUAUGCUGUGACGAGCUGCACGCAUGGUGGUUAA